GCGGCUCAGCUCUGCCUCUCGUCGUUCCCCCGCUCAGCCAUGGGAUUCUCCGCAGCCUCCCGCCGCCCCGUGCGGCGCAGCUGGCCCCAGCUCAGGACGCUGGUGGGCUCCUGUGGGACGUGGCGACCGCAGAGCCCGGCCCCUGAGCAGCGGCGGCCGUGCCGUGCGGCUGUCAGGCCGUGGCUGUGCCCUGGCAGCGCUCUGCACACCGCCCGGCCUCGCUGCCAGGAGGUCCCGCUCACCUGCGAGCGCUAUGGGCUGCGGCGGUUGCCCUUCGCCCGCCUCUCCCGCGGCGAUGUGGCCUUCUUUGAGGGCCUCCUGCCAGGCAGGGCGCGCACAGAUCCUGAGGAGCUGAAACUGUUUAAUGUGGACUGGCUGAAAUCAGUCCGAGGCUGUAGCGAGCUGUUGUUGAAGCCAAAGACAUCAGCAGAGGUGUCUCAAGUUCUCAGGUACUGCCAUGAGAGGAACCUGGCAGUGAGCCCACAAGGGGGUAACACGGGCCUUGUUGGUGGCAGCGUUCCUGUCUUUGAUGAGAUAAUUCUUUCCACUGCUCUGAUGAGCCAGAUCAUCAGCUUUGACCCAGUGUCUGGAAUCCUGGUGUGCCAAGCUGGCUGCAUCUUAGAGAAACUCAAUGAGUACUUGGAGGAGCGGGGCUUUAUCAUGCCGCUUGACUUGGGAGCCAAAGGUAGCUGUCACGUCGGUGGUAACGUGGCCACAAAUGCUGGAGGCUUGCGGCUCUUGAGAUAUGGCUCUCUGCGAGGGACUGUGUUAGGGCUGGAAGUGGUGCUGGCAGAUGGGACAGUUCUGGACUGCUUGGCACCUCUGCGCAAGGAUAACACUGGUUACGAUUUGAAGCAGCUUUUCAUCGGAUCCGAGGGGACUCUGGGAGUCAUCACAGCUGUCUCCAUACUCUGCCCUCAGAAACCUAAGGCUGUGAAUCUGGCAUUCCUAGGAUGUGAGGACUUCUCCCGGGUUCAGGAAACAUUUACAACCUGCAGAGCCAUGCUAGGAGAGAUCCUGUCUGCGUAUGAGUUCAUGGAUGAGAAGUGCAUGGAACUGGUUGAGAAACAUCUUGGUCUGUCCAACCCGGUGAGAGAUAGCCCUUUUUAUGUUUUAAUUGAAACUUCGGGCUCCAACUCAACCCAUGAUGAAGAAAAAUUGCACAGCUUCCUGGAAGAGGCCAUGACUUCUGGUUUAGUCACCGAUGGAACUGUGGCAGUGGAUGAUAAGAAAAUAAAGACACUGUGGAGCCUGCGGGAGAGGAUCACAGAGGCGCUCACUCGUGAUGGCUGUGUUUAUAAGUACGACAUCUCUCUCCCUGUGGGAAAGCUGUAUGAUCUCGUGACUGACAUGAGAGCUCGUCUGGGCCAGAGUGCCAAAAAUGUGGUGGGCUAUGGCCACGUGGGAGAUGGAAACUUGCACUUGAACGUCACAGCAGAGUCCUACAGCCAUUCCCUUCUGGAUGCCAUCGAGCCAUUUGUGUAUGAGUGGACUGCAAGACACAAUGGCAGCAUCAGCGCAGAGCACGGGCUGGGCUUCAAGAAAAAGCAGUUCAUCCAGUACAGCAAACCCAAUGAGGCGAUCUUUCUGAUGCAGCGUUUCAAAGCCAUGUUAGACCCCAAAGGAAUCCUCAAUCCAUACAAGACACUGCCCUCCAGCUCCUGAGAGCACCGCGCUCUGAGAAGAGGGCAGAUGCCAUCGCGUGGGGACGGCGUCUCUAGCUCAGUAGCCACAUGAUCCAUCAGUUUGUGGUUAAAGUACAAGCACGUGGAAUGUUCCUUGGCCUAUUUCCUUAGCGUGAUGGAAGAUGUAAAGGAAUGUGCUUCCUCUUUUCCAGGGUGUCUGCUCUUCUUUCUGAAGAAGAGCACAUUGCUGAUUUUGGCAGUAUGGAUUUUCUGUUUAAUCUGAACACUGAAACCAAGCAUACAUAUAUAUAUAUAUAUAAAUCUCACCCACUUGCUCUGCUAUGAGUGUGAUGUCUAGAGUUGGUUUCCACCUUAGUCUAGGCAUUAGAAUGCUUGAAGAUUCCUCACAUCUCUCAAGCUCUGGUGAUCACUGUUUUUCUUUUUUCUCCGUAUCAUUUGUUGCACGUAUUCUGCAGUCAAAUGUUGAGGGGAAAAAGGGAGCAGCAAAGUUUCAGAAGCAAGGGAACCUUUGGGGAUUCUUAUUGCCUUUAUCUGAAAUUACCUACAGAAUUAUGGAGAACAGAGUCCUUGCUUAUAAGUUUUAUAAAACCAGAGCUACUUAACACUUGCUCACUCGGGCGUUUUGGUGAGGUUGGUAGGGUGGCAAGAAGGUUUGUGGUAUGUGAGCUGAUGUCAGAGCCAGCUGGUAGCAGUGGUGCCCUUGCUAGUUGGUGGUGUUUGAGGCUUCUUUACAGCAUGAGGGCAUCGGAUACGUGGGGCUAAACAUCAAGAGCCAGGCUUUCUUUUGUGCUUGUGGGGAGGACUUAGGUACCAGGUAGGUGCUGUUCACAUCAUUACACCAAAAGGCCAAGUCAGAUGUGGCGUGAUUUACAAACUGACUGUGCAGGGGCAGAGCUGUGCAGGCUGUGCCGUGUUUUGGUCUGGCCAUGAUGAUGUGUUCUGUUGUUUGAUUUAGUAUCAUGCCAUCUCCUCAGUUUCAGGGCAAACAGCUUCACAGGGCAGUAAAACUGCUCACCAGGAUUUUUUAUUUUGAUUACUCAUGCUGCUGUAAAUACCUUUGAACUACUGUAAUUUAUAAAAUUGUGUUCAUGCUGUCUCUAAGGAAUACUCUGCUAAAAAUAAAGAUUUCUUCACAUUUUGAAGCUCAGCAUUAUUUUAGAACUGUAAUAAAAGCGAUUUUUGUUCCUGGUUUUUAA